ACAGAGGCAUGGAUCCUAUCAGCUGGUGCAUCCUGAGGUGAAUCUGCGUUUGCUUGUGCUUCUGCUUGGGCUGUGCUUGCUUCUGAAACUCUCAGAGAAACCGCGAAUCUGUCCUAGCAGUUCGAGCCUCUCCAGCGGAAGACCCGCGAGGCUUACCCCGCGCAAGCAAGCGAUCGUUAGUCUUAGUGUGUCUGGUCUCGGCUGUCUUCGUCUCCUUAGGGCAUUUUGAGUGGAUUUCGGAGGCUUGAUUUCCGCCAUGGAGCAGUAUGAGAAGGUCGAGAAGAUCGGAGAAGGGACGUAUGGUGUCGUGUACAAAGCUCGUGAUAGGCUGACCAAUGAAACGAUAGCGCUGAAGAAGAUUCGGCUAGAAGCCGAAGACGAAGGUGUCCCUAGUACCGCCAUCAGAGAGAUCGCACUGUUGAAGGAGAUGCAGCACGGGAAUAUUGUUAGGCUUCAGGACGUCGUGCAUGCUGACCGAAGGUUGUACCUCGUCUUCGAGUACCUCGAUUUGGACCUUAAGAAGCAUUUAGACACAAGUCCUCACAUUGCACAGGACAGGAUGAUUAUCAAGUCUUACAUGUACCAGAUUCUUCAAGGAGUAGCAUACUGCCACGCUCACCGCGUGUUGCAUCGGGACUUGAAGCCUCAGAACCUUCUCAUCGACCGUCAGACGAACUCCUUGAAGCUUGCUGACUUCGGGCUUGCCAGAGCGUUCGGGAUUCCAGUGCGAACGUUCACGCACGAGGUCGUGACCCUGUGGUAUAGGGCCCCAGAAAUCCUUCUGGGCUCGAAUCACUACGGAACGCCUGUUGACAUUUGGUCGGUUGGUUGUAUUUUCGCGGAGAUGAUCAAUCAGCGCCCCCUAUUUCCAGGAGAUUCCGAAAUUGAUGAGCUGUUUAAAAUAUUCAGAUUGUUGGGAACGCCAAAUGAUGAGAACUGGCCAGGAGUUUCACAACUUCCUGACUACAAGACUUCAUUUCCUCAAUGGACAGCCAAGGAUCACCAGUCUAUCGUGCCAACAUUGGAGAAGAGUGGGAUCGAUCUUUUGUCGAAAAUGCUUUGUCUGGACCCAAGCAAGCGCGUCACUGCCCGAGAAGCGCUUGAGCACGAGUAUUUUAGGGAUUUGUUAAAUCUUGCUGGUCAUUGAGGGAGCUGUCAUGUGACCAGUUUUUCACAUGUUUUUCAUCGCGUACACAUCACUUUUGUUUGCUGUGUAUAAUACGUGCAUUGCUAACAUCCCUAUAUUACCAUCGAAUUAUG